GCAUGGUACCGGAAGCAUCUAUAGUAGGUGUUAAAAAUAAAUCAAACGGACAUUCGCUUCUCUGCAUUCAUUAAUAUUCAAACCAUGGCAAACUUGUUGCCGAUUGGAAUCGAUUCCAUUCGCUCACUCUGUGUGUGGUUGCUGUAGAUAGACACUCCACAAAACCAUGGCAUCAACGGUCGAGAGUGCCCCACCGCAGCCCUCGGCUCCCAGUUUGGAAGAUCUGAAUUCGGCAUCCACCUCGCAGCAAUCCACCACCGGUCCCAAUCCAUUCUCGAAAGUCACAUCCCCCAGUACCGACGCUGACCCAACGGCGAAACCAAUCUCCACAGACCAGCAGGAUUCGGCGGAAUCGGCAACGAGCAGUUCCGGAACGAGUACCGGCAAAUCUAAAAUCAACCUCGAAGAUGCCACCGAAGAUGGCGAGGAGAAGAAGGACGACUCGGUGUUCGAGUGUAACAUCUGCCUGGACACGGCCAAGGACGCGGUAGUUAGCAUGUGUGGGCAUCUGUUCUGUUGGCCGUGCAUACACCAGUGGAUGAACGGUUACAGGAAUACGUGCCCGGUGUGCAAAUCGUCCAUCAGCAAGGAGAAAGUCAUUCCACUGUACGGUCGGGGCGGCAGCAAGGAGGAUCCCAGAAAAACCGUCCCGCCUCGACCGGCCGGCCAGCGAACCGAACCGGAACAGCCCCAGGGCUUCCAGGGCUUCACCGGCGACGGCGGGUUCCACAUGUCGUUCGGCAUCGGCGCCUUUCCGUUCGGAUUCUUCACCUCUACGCUGAACUUUGGCGAGUUCCGGGGCAACCCGCCGCACGAGAACACCCGCGAGUACGAGGAGGACCAGUUUCUGUCGCAGAUUUUCCUAUACGUGGCGCUCAUCUUUAUGGCCUGGCUGGUGCUGGCCUAAUGGAAGGAAGUAAAAAUACGCUAGUCUUUGUCGUCGUGCAUGCGUGUGUGUUUGUGAUCACACGCGGUAAGUAUGAACGGAACUCCCCUGAAUGAGUGCGUGGACGUGGUCUGCUGGGCUGGUGGUCUAUUUGUGAUAUAAUAAACGUUAAUCUUUUUACACGCUUGUGGGAAAUUUUGGGCGGGCUCUCGCCAAGCACGCCGAAGAAGCUCAAUUUAGUGUUGAGAUAGAAGAACAGAUAAAUUCUCCCUUUCAAAAUUAGAGCAAAUUACAGCUAACACCUGUGUAACGAUAGAAAAUAUCUUAUCACUAGUAUCACUAGAACAGAACGAAACUGUGACCGUUGAACGGUGAGAAAAAAUGGAUAUAAAUGUUCAGUUUGGAUUCAUUUUUGCCCACUGUGACGGACGUUUGAUUGGCAUUAGAAUGCAUUGUGGUCUUUCAUAAGUAGCUUAUCCAUUCUUCAAACCCUACUAUUAUUUUACUCCUGUUGAUUUUACCAAUUGCUAUAACAUAUGAUAUACACACUCGUUCCGUUUGUUUUACACUUUAUGUUUUAUUCUUUGACCGACGCGGAAUGCUUUUAUCUCGCCUGUCAACUAUAUCGAAACUCGUCUCUAUAUAAAGCUGAACUGAUGAUGCUUUACAACAGCUGUACAGAGUAUGUUGGCUUCAGGCAAGGCAACGAUGAUAUGAGUAGAGAGGAACGAUAGCAAGGAGUUUGUAUAAUUUAUUUGGAAGCGAUUUGAGGGCGAACUAUAUUAUCGUAUAUUUAAGGAAUACAAUAAAAUGCAAUCAAUAUUUGAAAAAUCA